CUACCCGAACCCGCUUAAACCAAAGUCGGUCCUAUCUUCGCACGAACAAGAAAAGGCAACUUCCACUUUUCAGAACAGACAUCUCUGAAUCCAGUAGUUCGAGAGAGAGAGAGAGAGAUCAGAUCAGAUGUUGGGUUCGAAAGGUCAAUGGAGAAACAUAGCGAAAGAAGCGCUGGAUCGAACCGCGAUAGUCGCAAAAUUCCUCUGCUUCCUCCACGUCACCAACAACUACCUCUGUUCCUCAACCCUUGUGUACGGUCCGAGCAUGCUCCCGACCCUGAACCUGACCGGCGACGUGGUCUUGGCCGAGCACGUGUCGACCCGGUUGGGCAAGGUAGGCCCCGGGGACGUGGUGGUUGUCCGGUCGCCUGAAAACCCUAAAAAGUAUGUCACCAAGCGGAUUGUGGGGAUGGAAGGAGAUAGGGUUACUUUCUCCGUGGACCCCAUCAGCAGCGACCGCUCUAAGACCCUCGUGGUGCCAAAGGGGCAUGUCUGGAUUCAGGGGGAUAAUGUUUAUGCGUCAAAGGAUUCCCGACAUUUUGGACCUGUUCCUUACGGGCUUAUUCAAGGCAGAGUGUGUUGCAGGAUAUGGCCACCUGAUGGCUUUGGGCUUUUGGAGUAAUGAGUGCAGUAAAGAUUACAUAUCAAGGAGUAAGGUUCCUUCUAGUGGGUGGUUAGGGAAGGGAUAUACAAAUUGAGGCCUUACUGUUGAAGUGGAGCAUUAUGUGACAGCCGCCGACAGCCUCACGCUGGGGGUCAGGCUGCCUCAAACAGGCAUUGAACAGCAAGUAAAUGACCAUAUUCAUAUACAAGUUGAGCUUAAUCAUAUUACAUAAGUAGGGUCGAAUAUAAAAGAGACACUUAACUUGGUUGUUUGGUUUAUGUGAAAGUGUUUUGUCUAUAUGGUUGUGCUUAUGUAUUUGUGAGUGUGUUAUAUAUUCUGCACACAGAUGCUAUCAGCUAUCCUAUAUUUCCAUGGGCUGGAGCUAUUGUGGGAUUAUUGGUUCUAGGAGUCAACUAGAUAAGUUCACUAAAAUUUCAAGAGCCUUCUAAAUGCAUUGAAAUUAGAAGAAUUUUACCGGUACACAAUUCUGGUGGAUAGGAAGAUUUAGUGUGAUGGUUCUGUAAGAAAA